GGGGAAUCUCGCGAGGGUUGGAGUUUUGGCGAGAGUUUGUGGAAGAUGGCGCCUGUUGUGACAGGUCAUUGAAAUUAUGAAACUAUCAUUCAAAUGGAAGCAUUAUAGUUCUUCGGAACCAUUAUGAUCUCAAAAGGAAAGGAGAAUGAUACAGAUACACUGGCUGAGGUGUUUUGAGGUGCAUCGAAGUGUUCCAGCCUGUGGCUUACCUUAACAUGUUCUUGAAGUACCAUGGCGUGGAUUAAAAGAAAAUUUGGUGAGCGGCCUCCACCUAAACGACUUACUAGGGAAGCUAUGCGAAAUUAUCUAAAAGAGAGAGGGGAUCAAACAGUACUUAUUCUUCAUGCAAAAGUUGCACAGAAGUCAUAUGGAAAUGAAAAAAGGUUUUUUUGCCCUCCUCCUUGUGUGUAUCUUAUGGGCAGUGGGUGGAAGAAAAAAAAAGAACAAAUGGAACGUGAUGGUUGUUCUGAACAAGAAUCUCAACCAUGUGCAUUUAUUGGAAUAGGAAAUAGUGACCAAGAAAUGCAGCAGCUGAACUUGGAAGGAAAGAACUAUUGCACGGCCAAAACAUUGUAUAUAUCUGAUUCAGACAAGAGAAAGCACUUCAUGCUGUCUGUAAAGAUGUUCUAUGGCAAUAGUGAUGACAUUGGUGUGUUCCUCAGCAAGCGGAUAAAAGUCAUCUCCAAACCUUCCAAAAAGAAGCAGUCAUUGAAAAAUGCUGACUUAUGCAUUGCCUCAGGAACAAAGGUGGCUCUGUUUAAUCGACUUCGAUCCCAGACAGUUAGUACCAGAUACUUGCAUGUAGAAGGAGGUAAUUUCCAUGCCAGUUCUCAGCAGUGGGGAGCAUUUUACAUUCAUCUCUUGGAUGAUGAUGAAUCAGAAGGAGAAGAAUUCACAGUCCGCGAUGGAUACAUCCAUUAUGGACAAACAGUCAAACUUGUGUGUUCAGUUACUGGCAUGGCACUCCCAAGAUUGAUAAUUAGGAAAGUUGAUAAGCAGACCGCAUUACUGGAUGCAGAUGAUCCUGUGUCACAGCUCCAUAAAUGUGCGUUUUACCUUAAGGAUACAGAAAGAAUGUACUUGUGCCUUUCUCAAGAAAGAAUAAUUCAGUUUCAGGCCACUCCAUGCCCAAAAGAACCAAAUAAAGAGAUGAUAAAUGAUGGAGCUUCCUGGACAAUCAUUAGUACGGAUAAGGCAGAGUAUACAUUUUACGAGGGAAUGGGCCCUGUCCUUGCCCCAGUCACACCCGUGCCUGUUGUAGAAAGUCUUCAGUUGAAUGGCGGUGGGGACGUAGCAAUGCUUGAACUUACAGGACAGAAUUUCACUCCAAAUUUACGAGUGUGGUUUGGGGAUGUAGAAGCUGAAACUAUGUACAGAUGUGGAGAGAGUAUGCUCUGUGUUGUCCCAGACAUCUCUGCAUUCCGAGAAGGUUGGAGAUGGGUCCGGCAGCCAGUCCAGGUUCCAGUAACUUUGGUCCGUAAUGAUGGAAUCAUUUAUUCCACCAGCCUUACCUUUACCUACACCCCAGAACCGGGGCCACGGCCACACUGCAGUGCGGCAGGAGCAAUCCUUCGAGCCAACUCAAGCCAAGUGCCCCCUAAUGAAUCCAACACAAACAGCGAGGGAAGUUACACAAAUGUCAGCACAAAUUCAACCAAUGUCACAUCAUCUACAGCAACAGUUGUGUCCUAACUACCGUCUUUUUGCUAGGACUUAAACUGACUUGAGUGCAGCAAAAUGUUGACA